GGUGACUUCAUUCUUCCCCUCGAACGUUUCCGUCAUCUGCCGCCUACUGCGAACCGAUCAGGCGCCCAUAUUUUCUCGCUCCCUGCCAGGGUGAUUCUGCCCACCAAGGGAUUGGCAAAAUGGAUACGGCAGCGAUCCUUCGUCGUAAAGAUACCACCAAGGGUCCUCCCUUGCGGAUCUUAUCACUAGAUGGUGGCGGCGUCCGUGGCUACUCGAUGCUCAUCAUCCUACAGGAACUUAUGUAUCGCGUUUACGUUGAGUGCGAAGGCAAGGCUCCUCGUCGCGAUGAAAUCCCCAAACCCUGCGAUCACUUUGACCUCAUUGUCGGCACCGGUACCGGCGGAUUGAUAGCCCUCAUGCUGGGCCGUCUACGUCUCGACCUUGAAACUUGCAAAGAAGUUUACGUGCGCAUGACUCGUAGGGUUUUCGAAACAGACAAGACCUUUGCUGGCAUUCCAUACCGAUCAACGUUGUUCAAAGCCUCGAGAUUGGAAGACGCUAUUCGUGAGUGUGUGCGCGAACACACUGUCUUUGAGGCUGAGGGAAAUGAUAUUUCGCCCGGCGCUCGCACAUCUUUUGCCAACGCACCAUUUAGCCCCAACUCGAUCCCUCAGCGGUCUGGCAGUCGUGCCAGUUUCAGUACCAUUGGUUCGCAUUCUUCCAACCCCAGCCAGCGGAACUCGACGUUCAUCAAUGGUCUACGGUGGGGCAAUCCGGAUGCGCUGUUGUACGACAAUAGGGAGUAUCGCACGAAAACUGCGGUUACCGCAUUGUAUAAGGGCACUACGCGCAAUGGUUCAGCGGUAUUCCUACGAUCUUACGAUUCCCGAAGAGAACCUCCACCGGAGUUUAACUGUACGGUCUGGCAAGCGGGUCGGGCUACAUCAGCCACUGGUCUUGCAUUUAAACCAAUUCAGAUCGGACAACAUGUCUUCAUUGACGAGGGUGCCGGUACUUAUAACCCUGCGCCGCAGGUCCUGGACGAAGCGACGGUCAACGAGUGGCCCGGUCGUGAAGUUGGUGUGUUUAUCAGCAUCGGUACAGGUAAACGUCCACCGGGUACGAACAAUCGACAACACGAAUGGUGGGAGGAUUUCUUUGGCGAUGCGCUCGGCACAUUUGCGGAGGCGCGCCGUCGGCUGAUCGCUAAGAUCGAGGGGUGUGAAGACAUCCAUAAGGAUAUGCUCCGGGAGCACCUGGCCAAGCGUAACGUCAUCAAGGACAACUACUACCGACUGAACGUCGAAGUGGGUGUGGGAGAGUUUGGUAUGAACGAAUGGAAUCGACUAGCCGACAUCAGCACCAACACCCGUCGCUACCUCACCAGGCCCGAAGUUAAGAAGCAGAUUCUCGAUGCCGGUAGUAAAUUUGCCAGAAUUGAGCGCAUGCACCGUCGGGCGGCUGCGCAUGCGGCCGCUGGAAACGACUUGUCGACUUUCCCGGAUGACAGUUCUAUAACUCAGAGCCCAAGAUUGUCUGUGAUUCCACCUCCGAUGCCAGACGCGGUGGAGUUGCCCGCUGAACUUCCGGGCGAUUUUACUCUGCUGUCGCCGACAGGUCCCCCACCGCCGGCGAACGACGAUGUUCUCCCUGUUCACCCAACCCCGCAAGAUACAACAGCGGGGCGAGGUUCAACCAGUGACCUGGGUAGCUUCAGCCCUAGCGACAGCAGCCGACCUGGCUCGCGGCAACACGCUAUAGAUCAUGCGUAUGACGGUCUACCGCCCCCAGUACCUCCCAAGACUCCAAUCCCAUAUCCUAGUGAGUUAGGAGGCAUUCCCAUGCCUACCCCUUUGGUGACUACCACAGGACAUGCAUCGAACGGGAAGAUUCGACCGCCGUAUCCCGUGGAUGAACAUCCGCCAGUGGUGAACAAGCAGCGGAAACCCAGCUAUCACGUGCGAUGAAUUUGAUUCAUGACUCUUUUGAUUUUGUUGGAUCUUUUUUCCCCGCAUGUUCUUUGAUGGGCGUUACGAUAUAAUGAACAAGGGGCAAUGCUUUUUCUCUGGGUGCAGAGAUUUCACGAUUCUCAUAUUUCCCUUUCUUUUAAUUCUCUUUUUUCUUUUUAUUGUUAUGAUUCAUCCCAUUGAAUUUCUUAUGACUUACGGUUGUAGUUCUAAGAGUGAUGAUUAUUAUACCCUUUUCAGUUAGGUAGUAAUUUCAGAUUGGUUCCAAAGAUGUUCUAGAACUUGAAAUGAUUCAUGACUGAUUGAUUGUUCAACA